AUGUCAACUUGGCAAUGUCUCCAAGACGUCCUUCGCUCGAGGGCCGAGAGUGAAGCCGGUGGCCGACUUCUCUUUUACUCGAACGGGGAUUCUACGACAGCGCGUGAAGUCUCAUAUCACAGCCUUUACAACCAGGCCAAACAAGUGGGCGGCCGCAUUCGCCGGCUCCCAGGUUUCCAGAGCAAGGCUCCCAUUUUCUUGCACGUCGACGACCACUGGGAUACAAUCCUGUGGUUUUGGUCUAUCCUUCUCGCUGACGGUCUGCCCGUUCUCUCUACGCCAUUCAGCAAUGUUGAGGAACAUCGGCGCCGGCACAUCGACGGAUUAUCCGCCCUUUUGCAGUCUCCACUAUGUAUUACCAGGACAAAGGCGCUCCCUUUAUUCGGGGCCAACCAUGGCAUGCAGAUGCACACCAUUGAGUCACUCCUGGAAAAAGACGAGCCCAGCAGCAGCAGUAUCUCCCAAGAUGAGCAGGCUGAUGGACUCAUCAGCGUCAGCAGCUCAUCACUUGCCAUGUUGAUGCUCACGUCUGGCAGCACAGGCAACUCCAAGGCCGUGCAGAUAUCACAUAGACAAGCCCUGGCCUCUGUCGCUGGCAAGUCGCUGGCCUGUCAACUGCCGCUAGACCGGCCAUUCUUGAACUGGAUUGGACUUGACCACGUUGGCGCCCUAAUGGAGAUCCAUAUGCACGCCCUCUGGUACGGAGUCGAUCAGAUCCACGUUGCUACUGGGGACAUUAUCUCCUCACCCAAAACAUUCCUCCAACUCCUGAGUCGCCAUCAGGUUUCGCGCACAUUUGCGCCCAACUUCUUCCUCGCCAGGCUCGUCUCAACAGUAGACGAUCCAUCUGACUCCUCCGAGCCUUCGGAGACUGAGGAAUUAUUGGAUCUCUCCAACUUGCGGUUUCUCGUCUCUGGAGGCGAGGCAAACGACAUAAACACCUGCCUCGCCGUUUCCUCACUGCUCUCCAAGUUUGGUGCUCCUCACAACGUCGUUGCACCGGGCUUUGGCAUGACCGAGACCUGCGCUGGCUGUAUAUACAACACCAACUGCCCAGAGUACGAUGUGCAAAACGAUCAUGCCGUGGCUUCGCUCGGCAAGUGUGUCAAGGGCAUCAGCAUGCGUGUUGCGCUCUUGGGGUCAGACUCGGACUUUGUGGCUGCUGCUCCCGGAGAGCCUGGUGCUCUUCAAGUCAGCGGCCCCAUCGUCUUCCAGGGCUAUUAUCGCAACGAAGCUGCCACAGCCAAGGCCUUUACCGAGGAUGGAUGGUUCAUCACCGGCGAUCGAGCUGCCAUUGACGCCAACGGAAACCUCAACAUGAUCGGUCGAACCGACGACGUGAUCAACAUCAACGGGAUCAAGAUUGCCACAGCCGACCUCCAGACAUCUCUCGAGGUCGCGGUAGGUAGUCGAGUCUCCCGUGUCGUAGUAUUUGGGUCCAGGGCCGCUCACACCGAGCAGGUUACCAUAGCCUACGUGCCCCCAGGAGAGUGGCCAAUGGCUCCCGAGGCCAUGGCAGAAAUCGAAACCAUCGCAGGACAAGUGUGUUUGAUGGCUGCUUCCACUAGGCCCCUUGUCUUCGCUAUCGGAGCAGAGUCACAGCCUAUAAUUCCCAUCUCAGCCCUGGGCAAGAUCUCCCGUGCAAAGAUGCGUUCCCUACUCGAAGCCGGCCGGUUUGAUCGAGACGUGAGCUACCACCAGGAGACGCUCACAGCCUUUAAGAAGAAUAAGCAGAACCAACGCAGGCGAGACGGCGGAGGAGCUGCACCGGUGAUGAACAAGGUUGAAGAAUUCUUGAUGGAUGACAUUGCCUCAGCACGCGACUUGUCUCCCGAGGACUUUGACGUCGACACGCCUUUCUUUGACCUGGGAUUCUCCUCCAUGGACCUCAUCAAACUCAAGCACAAGAUUGAUAGGCGUUUUGGCAUUACCGUGCCUCUGAUUAAACUCCUCAAGAACCCAACCGCUCAGUCUCUAGCAGCAGUACUUGGCCCCGAGGUAGACCCUGAUUAUGCCUCGACGACGAAUGGCGGUGCUGCUGUUCCUGUCCAGCCAGCUGUGUACGACCCCAUUGUCACGCUACGCUCAGGUGGCUCCAAGGCGCCUCUGUGGCUAGUCCAUCCAGGCGUCGGCGAGGUCCUCGUCUUUGUCGGGCUGGCAAAGCAAAUGGUUGACGAUGAUCGACCAGUGUACGCAUUGCGUGCCAGGGGGUUCGACAAGGGCCAAAGCUACUUCGCCAACAUUGAAGAGGCUGUCGACACAUAUGUGGGAGCCAUUCGACAACGGCAACCCCAAGGCCCUUAUGCCAUUGCCGGCUACAGCUACGGAACCAUGUUAGCGUUUGAGAUUUCCAAGAAACUCAACACCCAACUCGGUCCUAGCUCAGUCCAGUUCCUGGGUAGCUUUAACCUGCCACCUCACAUCAAGUUCCGCAUGCGUCAGCUCAGUUGGAACAUGUGCCUGUUAAGCUUGUCGUACUUUAUUGGGCUGACGACUCAAGAGUACGCUGACGGCAUCGAUCAAGACGCGUACCAGUCAUUAUCCCGCCCUGAGGCAUUGAAACAGGUGCUUAGUGCCACGGAUUACAGCCGUAUGGAGGAAUUCGGCCUGACCGAGCCGGAACUUGUCCUCUGGGCAGAUCUCGCCUUUGGUCUGCAGAGUAUGGCAGUCGACUAUGACCCUUCCGGGCUCGUUGACUCUAUCGACAUCUUUCACGCCGAGCCGCUCAAGAUUGUGGCUGCAUCGCAGGAGAUCUGGGUGCGUGACCACCUGAGUAAGUGGGCAGACUUCUCGGACAGUCCGCCCAAGUUUCACCACGUUAAAGGGGCUCACUAUACUAUGAUUGAUGCCGAUCAUGUGGUUGAUUUUGCCAAUACGUUGAAGUUGGCCAUAAAGGAGCGGGGGCUAUAG